AUGAAAGAUAAUAUAAUAUCAAAAGAACUUAAUACUGGUGAAGGAAAAAAUCGGUAUAAAUAUCAAACUUUUAAUUUACGUGUAAAAAGUAUCAAAAUUGAUGUAUCGCGUCGUGAUAAAAGCAUUCAGGACGAGCCAGAGGCUCUUGGUUCCUUUUUUCAAGAAUCAUUGGAAUCAUGGAAAGAACUUAAUUUGACAAUGCAUUUCGCAACUUUUGUUCGCGAAGUGUCGGAAUAUUGCCAAUCAUUACCUCAAUUGCUAUAUCAUAAAGAAAAAGUUGUUGAGAUUUUGGAAAAACAUCUUAAAGUUGAAGAUAGUCUAGCAUUAGAACCUUUGUUAGAUCUAACAACAAAAUUCGCUAAAGAUAUUGAAAUUGAAUUCUAUUCAUAUUUCGAACGAAUAUUUGCAUGCAUCGUUCCUUUAACGAAACAUCGAGAUGUUAAUACUCUUGAAGAUUAUUUAUAUUUUAUUAACAUUAAAUUUCAACAAAGUCUUAUAGCUCCUUUACUUGGCAAAGAGUAUCAGAAACCUUAUAUUCAACGUUUUGCUGCCGAAUCGUUUGCAUUUCUUCUACGCAAGGCUCAAAAAAAUAAUCUUACAGAGGUCGUUAACUAUAUUAUCGAGUCAGCAUACGAGUCUUCAUCAGAAGUUUAUUGCAGAGGGUUGAGCAUGCUAUUUAAAACCACAAUUUCACUUCUUCACUAUGUCAAAUGUGGGAGUUUUGGCCCAAUAUGGGAUUUAUAUUUGGAGGAAAUUGAAAAUAUUAUUAAUGAUAAUUUAAUUAAAUUUGAUAAAAAUGGAAGUGAAGUAAUACCGGAGACGCUUAAAUUAAAAAUUGGAUUAAACUUAUCUCUGAUUUAUAUCUGUUUGACCUUUCGUAAAGGGAAUCAAGUUAAUGACUUCAAGCGUAUCUUCAUAAUGAUACAAAAUAUAACUCCAUAUAUUCUUGUUUCGUCAUCACAAGGAUUGACUUUACUUCAACGACAAUUCUUUAAAAUAUGCGCAUCCUUGCUCACAUUGGCCAAUUUGGAUGAUAUCCUCGGUGGAAAAGUAAUCUUGGAUAAAAUAUUCGAAUAUGACGAUGUUGACGCUGUAUUAUCGUUUUCAUUAAACCUAUCAUUUCUAAAAUGUAAAGAUUAUACCAAAAUUAUGCUUCCGUACAUUAUAAGGUAUUCUACAAUUCAUUGGGAAAAAUAUAGUACAAAGUUGACACUUUUUUUGGCCAAUUUAUUUUUUACGAAUACCAUUUCCAUUUCUUCGGGAACUAUUUCUUCACUCGUUACGAAGAAUGGAUUAAUAAGAUUUCCUAAAAUACAAAUGAAGUCCGAAAAAUCAGAGCCUAUAAUGCAUAAGAACGUUACGAAUGAAUUAAUAAAUAUAAUCAAGCAGGAUUAUGAUUGGUAUUCAGAUGCUCAGAAAUUGAGUUUUGCUUAUUUAAAAGAGGAGUCCAGCUGCCAUUCAGAAAUAUCUCUAAUUUCAGCCGCUCUUACUAUUAUUCACCACUUGACUGCACCAAUUAAUUCGGUUAUUAAUUCAUUAUCAUCAUUAAUAAAGUCAUUGUUGAGUUGUCUACAGUCAUCUAACAUUUCAGUUUCGCCACUCACAAGGAGACCGUUUAUUGACGGUUCACCACUUUUUUUAAUACAAAAUUUAUUGGGUCAAGCUAUUGAAACAUUAACAAUAUUUGUGAAAAAAAAUUGUGAAAAUGAAGAAAUUGAAUUUAUGGUUGAACUAUGGAGGGUGAUUAUUGAUGAGAUCUUGAUUCGAUAUGGGACCAAUGAAAUGAUUUUGAAAGGAAUUGCGGAAUAUCUGGAAUAUAUUAGGCUACGUUCUAAACACAGUCUAUUUCAUACAAACGAUCUCGAGAGAAUUUAUCCUUAUUUAAAAUCCAAUUUUAGCUCAUUUAAACACCAUCGUCGAUUAUAUUCAUUUAAAAUCCUCAAACUUUUUGAUCAAUUUCAUCUCCGGUCUGAAGAGAAUUUUAUAGAUGUCAAGGAACCUUGCGAAAUUUUCGCAAUGGCAUUAAAAGUUGAAGAAGUAGAAACUAAUAUAUGUUCGUAUCGUGAAAAAACUUUGCAGCUUCGAAAGUUGAAUACUUUGUUAUCAUCAAAACGUGUACCGGAAUUUUAUGCUGAUGUUAUUCCAUUGUAUUGUUUUGGCUUAUUGACCAUAAAUUUUAGUGCUAUAUGGCCGGAUGCAAUAAAUGCUUUAGUGAACUUUUCACAAGUUGAUCCACGUACAUUUUGGAAAUUGAUUCAUGACGAACUUUCACGAUUUGAGAAUGAGUCAAAAUUAGCAGAAAAUGGAUUUUCGAAAAAUACUCUAGAAGCACAUUUUGAUAAAGUAAACAAUAUGUUCAUUUCUAUGAAGAUUCAUGAUGAACCAUUCGACUGUCCCCAUUUAAAUAAAUUUAAUAAAACUGCAAACGAGUCAUCCAAGUUCUUUAAAAACAAUGGUCAACACAGUUUAUUAAUGCAUUAUGUUUCGGUGUGUUCUCCUCUUCAGAAUGAAAAGAUAGACCAUUGGAAUUAUUAUGGACUUCUUAUCAAAACUCUCACCGAAGUGCCACACAUCGUUGAACAGCAUUCUAAGCAGUUUGUUCCCUUUUUCCUUCAUUUUGCAGAAUCCGAAUAUGAUCCAGGAGAUGAAGAACUUUUGAAUAAGAUGGAAAUCGAUAAUCAAAAUCUAAGUCCAGUAUUAGAAACGAAGUCCGAAGAUGUAGUUUAUACGCUAAAUAGUGAAAAUGAUUAUCAAAAAGAAAAUAAAAUAGAGAUUCUUAAAAUCCUUGAACAAUCUCCAAAAACGACGAGAACUAAAAUGGCACUUUUCUUGAAACUUUUCGCCAAAUUUAAAAAUCCACGAUCGGUAUAUAAGUCAGCUAAUUUACAAAAUGUUUAUUUGAACUUGUUGACGAUAGGGGAUAUCAAAGUUCAGGGUCUCGCUUUGGAAUGUCUUUUCACUUGGAAAUAUAAAGGUGUUACUCCUUAUGAAGAUAAUCUCCGUAAUUUUGUUAAUGAGAUUAAGUUUAGGGAUGAAUUAUCAACAUUUUCUUUAAAUAAGGAUGGUGGUUCUAUAGAAUUUUCACAUAGAGCUGAGAUAAUGCCUAUUGUUAUUCGACUUUUAUAUGGUCGGAUGAUAUCAAGAAAAGGAAAAUCAUCAGCAAGUUCCGGAAUGAGAGCUCGUAGAGUUGCGGUAUUGGCCGCUUUAACAAAUUGUUUGGAAUCUGAAUUGGGAUCCUUUGUAGAUUUAUUACUUGAACCGUUCACCAUUAUUCGUAAUAAGCCAGGCGUAAUAGACAACGAGUUUAAGUUUGUAUCAGAUUUAGAUGUAGGUAAAUUUGUGACAUAUCGGAAACAGCUCGGAUAUUUGAACUUUUUGGAAGAUAUAUUAAAGCAAUUAGGUUCUUACCUAUUGCCAUUCAUUCCUGAUAUGUUCAAAGUUGUUAUAUAUAUUGUACAUGAUGCUCAAAGGAAAUUGAUGCCACAAGAUGAAGUUCAAAGUGAUACUUUGAAUUUUCAUGAAAAACCUGAUGAUGACAUUAAGAUGGAUAUUGAUGAAGUUCAAGAAGGUAGUCAGAAAGUAAAAGUUAUUAGGCAAUUAGGGUUGAAACGAAUUGCUGGGUUCUUCAAAAUCCGUGCAUUUUUUGACUAUCAACCAUACGUUAAUGCUAUGUUUGAAUCCUUCAUAUCGGUUAGAAUCCCCAAAUUAGAUACUGAAAGUACGCAAGCACCUUCAGUAUUAAUGGAAUUAUUUGCUAUAUGGGCUUCACGUAAAGAAUAUUUGUUGUUCUUGGUCGAAUAUAAUAAGGAUGUCUUGCCUAAAGUUUUUGCAUGUUUGUCAGCAAAAAAAGUUCGUGAAUCUGUAGUUUCAAAAGUAUUGGAUAUUGCUGAUGGAAUCUUAAGAAUGUGUGGAGAUGAAAUGGAUACUGAUGAAUUUCAAGAGGAUGAAAAUUCUUUAAAAAAUCGAGUUCUAAAACCAUAUGUUUCAUCAUUAUUGGAUAAUCUCGAAUACGUGUUACUACAAUCGAGUCGAAAUACUUCCUUUGGAAAAGAUUACUUUUCAAAACGAGAGAUUGCAAUACUAUCUCAGAUUGCAGGUUAUAUAGUAAAUGGAGAUCAAGCAAAGAAAUUGGUGGAUUUACUUUUACCAUAUCUUCGAAAACGUCCACAAGUUGUUCCAGAAAAAACCAAGGCAGACAUUUUACAAAUUGUUGCAAAUUUUUUACACGUUAUUCCAGGAUUUCAACUUUGCGAGGAAUUGUUUUAUAAAUAUUAUAACUAUAUAUCAUAUGAGUUUUCAACACUAUACUCCAGAGAUUGUCGGUUAUGUUUAGUAAAAAUUCUUGUUGAGUUUUCCAAAUAUGAUGAAUCCUUGAAAGAAGUUGUGACCAUAAUUGAAGAUCUUAACGCAUUUUCGACAAAGAGGUUAGAUGAACCCGAUUUUGAUAGACGCUUAGAUGCAUUCAAUCGAAUUAACCAGGACUUGUAUAAGAAAUUUAAUACAGUACAUUGGUUACCAUUAUUAUUUAAUUGCUUAUUCUUUAUUCAAGACCCGGAGGAACUUUCAAUCCGGAACAACUCGUCUUUCUGUAUUACGAGAUUUAUUAGUCGUGUUGUUGAGAAUCAUGAAAUUACUAAGACUCGGGAAGAUUACCAAAACCUUUUAAUUAAAGUAAUUUUUCCAGCAAUAAAGAGAGGAAUGAAAAGGUCUAUAGAAUUAGUACGAACUGAAUUCCUUACGAUUUUAUCAUGUGCUAUAAAGAAAUGUCCGUCAAUACCUCAAUUUUCUGAUAUGGCCUGCUUAUUAUUUGACGAUGAUGAGGCCAAUUUUUUCGAUAACGUUCAUCACAUUCAAAUUCACCGUCGUGUUCGUGCACUCAAAAGAUUUUCUAAUGAGUGUGCAAAUGGAAAAAUAAAGAAUAAUAACUUAGUACAGAUCUUUAUACCGCUCAUUGGCCAUUUUAUCUUUGAAGCGGAUAGAGUAUCGGAACAUUUACUAAUUAAUGAGACUAUAUCAACAAUUGGGAUUAUUGCGGGUCAACUUCCAUGGGGACAAUACAAUACUCUUUUAAAACAUUAUAUGAAAUUGAUUCCUAAGAAACCGAAUUUAGAAAAGGUAUUGGUUCGAACUAUUAUCGCCAUACUGGACAAUUUUCAUUUUGAUGUUUCUGAAGCCCAGGUUUCUGAAACUCAACUUAAAGGUUCAAAAGAAUCCAUCUUUCAAAAAAAAAAGAUAAUAAAACGUAAUCCUAUUAAUGAAGUGUCCGAUAGACACUUAAUUGCUGAUGAUGAUGCGGAUGAAGGCAUUAAUGCAUUAGUAGAAGAAUCUGAAGGUUCACAAUUAUCUGACAGUGAAGAGAUGGUAGAUGAGGCAAAGACCAGAUCUUUAGCUGACCGUAUUCAUAAUUAUAUUGUUAAUGAUUUACUUCCUGAUCUUAAGAAAUAUUUAACCCAACAUGAUAAUGAAAAUAUCACCAUUCGUGUUCCCGUUGCGUUAGCAAUUACUAAGCUUUUAAGGGCUUUACCCGAAAUAUCACUCCGGAUCAAUUUACCUGGAUUGCUUACUACUGUGUGUCAAAUAUUAAGAAGUCGUCAGCAAGAUGCUCGCGACACCACCAGGAAUACUCUUAGCAAAAUUUCAACUUUUCUUGGACCUUUAUAUUUUUCUUUUAUAGUAAGGGAGUUACAAGGUGCAUUGACACGGGGAUAUCAGUUACAUAUUCUUGGGUAUACAUUACAUACUCUUCUGGUCAAUUUGGCACCAAACCUGCAAGUAGGUGCUCUUGAUUAUUGUCUUCAGCCUAUAACUGACAUUAUUAUAAAUGAUAUAUUUGGUGAGGUUGGUAAAGAGAAAGAUACAGAGGAAAUUACUGGAAAAAUAAAGGAAAUGAAAUCCACUAAAAGUUUCGGGACAUUUGAACUUCUUGCCAAAAUUAUUGAAUUCAAGAACAUUGGAAUUUUGCUGAUACCACUGAAAGAGAUUAUGCGUGAAACACAAAACUCUAGAGUUUUAAGUAAGAUUGAUGAUAUAUUACGAAAAAUAUCUAUUGGAUUGAAUUCAAAUCCACAGUUCGAUACCAAAGAAAUGGUAACUUUUUGUCAAGGGCUUAUUUCACAAAAUCUCGAUAUAUUGAAAGCAAAAAAAAGGGUACAUUCUAAGAAAAGUAACAUGGAUACAAACUUUACGGUUCAACUUAAACGUCACGUUUCGGAACCAGUAGAAUAUUAUGAUGCCAACUCUUACAGAUUUGUGGAGUUCGGUUUGACAAUAUUUCUAGCGGCCUUAAAACGGGAUAAAUUUGAUAUGAAAUCCGAGGAACAACUCGAGUUAUUGGCACCAUUUGUGGAUACGGUUGGAAAUGCAUUAUAUUCAAAGCAUCCAAAUGUCAAUAUACUCGCGUUAAAGGUCAUGUGCGUAUUCUGUAAUCUUAAGAUAAAAUCCUUGGAUGAUGCUUUACCAGUAAUUGUAAAACAAAUUUAUACGUUAAUAAGGACUUCAAGUACUACCAAUUCGGAAUUAGUUCAAGCAUGUUUCAAAUUACUUACAGUUAUAAUACGCGAUCGUAAGAAGUUUGAAUUUAAGGAAAGUCAAUUAACUUUUCUCAUAAAUCUUAUCCGUCCUGAUCUUGAAGAACCUCAACGUCAAGGAACAACGUUCUCGUUGAUACGUGCUAUCAUAUCACGUAAAUUCGUGGUCCCUGAAAUAUACGAUAUGAUGCAAAUAGUUACUGAAAUAAUGAUCACGAGUCAGGCAACUCCUACGCGUGAUUUAUCGAGACAACUAUUAAUUCAAUUUUUAUUGGACUAUCCUCAAGGGCGUGGUCGAUUGAAGAACCAUUUAAACUUAUUGAUCAAAAAUUUGAAUUAUGUUUUCGAAAGUGGACGACAAUCAGUAAUGGAAAUGUUGAAUUUAAUAUUGAUUAAAUUUAAUGAAGAAGUUUUAAUGGAAUAUGCAGAAAUAUUUUUCUUAUCUUUAGCUAUGUCAUUAGUAAAUGAUGAUUCAAAUAAAUGCCGAGAAAUGGCUGGGGAAUUAAUUAAAAUUCUUUUAAAUAGAAUGGAUGAAAUAAGACUUAGAAAUAUUUAUGUCUUACUGGAAAAGUGGUUUGAGCAGAAUGAUAAAAGAAAUUUACAGAGGAUGACUGUACAAGUUUAUGGACUUGUAAUUGAAGCUUUUGGUGACAAAUUCAAAAAACAUAUAUUUGAAUUAUUAGAUAUCUUAGAAAAAGCUUUGAAUAUAAGUCGACAAGUUUUAGAACAAUUAGAAGAAAUUGCUAAAGAUGAUGAUUCCAUGACGAUAGAUAAUGUUGAUUGGGAACUUGGAUAUUAUGCUCUUAACACUUUUACAAAACUAGUAAAGAAAUUUCCCUCAGUUCUUUACUCAAACAAAUCAAAAAAUAUUUGGGUAUUAAUUGAAAAUAAUAUACUUUUCCCUCACAGUUGGGUAAGGCUUUCAACGUGUAGAUUAUUUGGAUUAUAUUUUUCAAAUAUUAAUCCCGAGACUAAGAUUAUUAGUGUAACUAAUGAACGUAAUGAAAAUUUAACAAAAAUGACGUUGAGAACAUUAGCGAACAAGUUCUGUAUUCAAUUGAAAAGUGAGUAUUUGGGAUCAGAACUUGCAACACAAAUUGUAAAGAAUUUGUUUUUUAUUGGAAAAAGUCUCUAUUAUUUAAAUUCUGAUGAUGAAAAUACAUUUGUCGAAGAUAAUGAGCAUUUUGGAGAUAAAGAGGUUGAAAAUCAGGAUGAUGAUCAGAACAAAGAUGAAAGUCAGGAAACGAAUGGCGAUAACAAAGACGAAGAACCCGAGUAUAUUACUGGCCAAUCCAAUGAAACUACAACCAAAGCGAAACCUUCAUUAUUUUGGUUGUUUAAAAAAUUGUCAUAUCAAGCAAGAUUAGCUCCAAUCAAGAAAGAAGAUAAUGAUUUACAGCGUACUAGUAUAUAUCAAUGGAUGGCAGCAAUGACAACAUUUAUGCCGCCAUCGGACCUGACACCUUACCUAAUGCUUAUAAUUAGCCCUAUUUAUCGAUUUGUUAACGAUGAAACUAUUAAAGGAAACGAGAUCGAUAACCUUAAACAAUUUGGUAAAGAGAUACUUGAUUUGGUACAGAAACGUGUCGGUACAACACAAUUUCACAUUUCUUACAAUAAGAUUAAACAACAAGUUUUGAAAGUUAGAAGAGAACGUAAACAUAAAAAAGCAAUCAUGGUUCUUGUGGAUCCUGAAUCUGCAGCCAAACGUAAACUUCAAAAGAACGAAAUGAAAAGGCAAAAUCGUAAAAGAAAGAAUGCAGAAUUUGCAAGUCAAAAAUUGAGAUAUGGUGUUACGAAGAAACGACGCACUUUAGAUAAUAACCCAUAG